AUGUGCAUCAUCAUCUCGACCCUCUACGUGGAGUGCAUGCACAAGCACUACCAGAACACCUUCAAGUGCGCCUCGGCCCGGGGAAGCUCCCUCUUCCAGUCGUCGCGCAACUUCACCCUCGAGCGUACGAUCCACCUGCCUGACCAGCAGCCGAAGCAGAUCCCCCACCCCCUCUGCGAUGGCAACAUCAAGAAGGCAACCCGCCCCGUCACCGGCCGCUGCAAGACUUGCAUUCGCGAGGAGAAGGAGCUGAAGCAGUUGCUUGAGGACGCCCGCCGUGCCCGGGAUGCCGCUCCGGACGAUGCGGUCACCGAGAAAAAUGCUCGGAACAGCGUGCUUGGACUGCAGCAGCUCGUUGCGGCUACGAAGCGUAUGGAUCUGGACGAUUGA